GGCAGCCAUGGAAACCAGAAGCUGGGAGUCAUUGCGCUUCGCUUCACCAGUUUCCCAGGUCACCCUGUGAGCUCCUGCACCUAUCUUGUCUCAGGAUUCAGCCUCCCAGUGUCGUAGUUUCUUCACCAAGAUCGCUGGAUUCUUUCAAUCGUUAGCCCUUCUUCGACUGGAUGUGCUCAGGGUUCCGGGAUGUCUCGCACACGCAUUGACGAUCUGUCAGACGAGCUUCUAGUUAGAAUCUUAUGGCACAACAAGCAACCAACGUCUCGCCAACUUGACAGCGACGCUCUGUGGGAAUCCUCUGCUUCCAAGCCGAAAUACUUCACUACGAAACGAUAUGCUGAGGACUUUUUGCCGAACCGCGAUGGUCCUUUACCGACGCCUCCCGCCUCUGCAGACGCCGCGGUCAAUCUCCUCGUCGCAUCAGUCUGCCGUCGCUGGCGUCAUCUCGCUCGGCGUUACGUCUCUACGCUCCUUAUCAAAGACGAACUUAUGGUUUCUCGCCUGGACAUUUCCAACGCUAUCACCUGCUUCCCGAACCUCACUCAUCUAGAAAUCUGCCUCGCCGGUGGGGAGACGUUUGACGACGCGUUUCUGAAACAUCUCGCCUCAUCGUGUCCCAAGCUAACGAUUCUUAACCUGACAUGCGAAACAUCGCGAUUGAUGGCCGAGAACAGGAUUGACUUGUUCCCGAUAACUGAAGCUGGUCUGGAUCAGUUUUUCCGUCAGUGCACUCAACUCGAGCAGCUUCAACUCUUCUGCCUCCACGAGAAAAGCCAGUUACCUGCUUCCUUUUUCCGACAGAAGCGUCUGCACACGCUUGCUCUACAUUUCGGUGGCCCGCUACUAGCUCCGGCUCUUGAAAACCUUUCUUCCCUCACUGUACUCGAGAUUGCCAGUGCGGCAGUGGAAUAUCAGGAUCCCACCAGCCUCACGAAACUGUUUCAAUUAACCAGCCUUUCAAUCUCCAAUGCCUACUGUCGUUCCGACGAUUCCCCCCACGAACGCUUCUCCAUCGCCCAGCUUCCUUUCCUGAAGAAGCUGACAUGCUUCAGCUCCAGCCCCGCAUUCGACCUGCUGUUUCCGUCCGGUUCGCCAUGCACCAGUCUCGAACGGCUACUGAUCACCGACUGCAGAGAACUCGAGCGCUUUCCUCAAGACAUUGCCGAUCUGCUGCCGUCUCUCCGCGAGUUGAGUCUAGACUGGUGCCCUACAAUAGCAGAGCUGCCUGAAGCGUUUCUCUCCCUAAGUCGCCUGGAUUGCUUGAAGAUUACCAGCUGUGAGAACCUUUCCAGCCUGCCAAGAAACUUUGGACGGCUGCCCGCUCUCAAAUCUUUGGUGCUGGAGGAUCUUUUUCUCUCGGACCUUCCUGACUCCCUGUGUCAUCUCUCGUCGCUGGAGACGCUGUUUCUGAUUGGUUGCCGCGAGAUUCGCCAGCUGCCGCCAGGGUUUUGCUACCUCACAGCUCUCAAGACUCUCUGCCUCGUGGAACUGCUGCAAAUUGUGCUUCCAGCGAGUAUAGGAGCGCUCUGCAAUCUCCAUACCUUUUGCUUGAAGGGAAGUCAGGAGCAGCAGCAGCUUCCGUCCUCCUUCCCCCGGCUAUCUUCCCUGACGCGGCUGGAGAUUAAUACCUGCUCGCUUGUUAAGCUUCCUGAGGAGAUGGGGGAGCUCAGCAACUUGCGGGAAUUGCACAUCAAUGCCUGCCCUAUUGAGGAGCUUCCGGAGUCGUUAACAGUCAUGGCUGGACUUGAAAUCCUGAUGGUCAACGGCUGCAAGCGGCUACGUGCAGUACCAUCCAGGAUGGACGUUUUUGGGAGGCUUAGAGUGCUGGAGUUCGUGGGGUGUGAGCUGCUGGGGGAAUUGCCCGAACUCCUGCCACGCUCCCUUGAGAUCUUUGAUCUAGGGAAUUUCAGCCGGGUCACGCCCCUUCCGAACAUCACGUUGCUGCCAAAGCUGAGGAAGUUGAAGCUGAGGAAUGUUGAGGUUGUGUGGGGCAUAACAGUCAGUAAGAACUUAUCAAGCCUGGAGAAUUUGCAGCUGGCAUUGGCAGGCGACUUCAACGAGCUUCCAUUACCGCUGGCCCCCCUCUCCCAGCUGCGUACCCUGACAAUCAGGAGCGCUUUGAAGGUUGAAGCUCUUCCGAGUUUCGGCUCGAUGCUGAUGCAGCUGCGGAAGCUGUGCAUCCAUGAUGUGGGGGAGUUGAAGGAGCUGCCAGCAAGUAUCGUAGAGCUUCCUCGCUUGACGUUCCUGGGGGUUCACGCUCCAAAGCUGGCUUCGCUUCCCGCGGAGCUCGGUGCCUUGUCCAGGUUGCGAGAGCUGGACUUGUCUGAAUGCUCCUCCCUGCAGUAUCUGCCGGCUUCUCUGACCCAACUCGCUCGCCUUUGCAGCCUGAAUGUAAAAAACAGCCUCAUUCGCUCGCUCCCGGCUGGCUUUGUGCGGUUAACCAGGCUCAGUUCGCUUGACCUGCAGGGCUGUGCGCACCUGGAGGCUCUGCCUGAGGAUUUGACAGAGCUCAAACUGCUGUGGUGCUUGAAUGUGACGGGGUGUGAGAAAGUUUUUGACGAUGAAGGGUUUGUGCUCCCCUGUAGCAUCCACGAGAUAAAUGGUUUAGAACUGUGUAAGUAGUUCUAUAAUUGGCCAGCAUGCUCGUACCGGUAUCAUAGUUAACCUAGGCCGCCCAAGUGGCUUGUUUUAC